CGCCGCUGCCCAGGGAGGCGCGCAGAGGCGCCGAGAGCGCUCCCCGGCGGGUCCCCCGCGCACUCGCCGCGCCCGGGCAGCGGCCCGACCGGGCGAGCAUGGGCGGCGCGGAGUGACGCCGCCGUGCCCGCUUGGCAUCAAGGACAUUCAGCCCGCGGGGGUGGGGACGAAGGGGGGCAGCCCCGCGUCGCCACCGCAGCCCCCGAGAGCCGCGGCUGCUGCUGCGGCUCCGGGGCCGGGUGGAGGAAAGGGGCGCUUGGAAUCGAUCCACAUUUUCCGACCUUUUUGUUGGACAUUCUGCCCACCUUGGACGCUGCAAGAGGAGCUGUCAAGCCCCGCAGGCUCUGAUUUCGCCCUCGGUUUUCCUUGCCUCCUCCGGGUUCCCUGUGCCUCGGUGGAGUAUUUGCGUUCGGGGCUGGGGCUGGAGGAGGCAGCCACACGCGCGCACACGCACACGUUCAGAGGAGGGCGAGAGGCAGCGGCACAGGCACCAUCUGCAGUGUCAAUGCGGCGCUCCCGCUGAAGGAGGCGAAAGCGGCGCUUCCAGGGAGCCUCCACUCCUGCGUCCUGGCCCUCCGAGGAGCCCGCUGUGCCAAGAGCUACCGUGCUGCAAGGACCCGUCUCUGAAAUGAAAGCCAUGCCUUGGAACUGGACUUGCCUGCUCUCCCAUCUCCUGAUGGUGGGGAUGGGCUCCUCUACUCUGCUCUCCCGGCAGCCACCCCCGCUGUCCCAGAAGCGAUCUUUUGUCACAUUCCGUGGGGAGCCAGCUGAGGGCUUCAACCACCUGGUGGUGGAUGAAAGGACAGGGCACAUUUACUUGGGGGCCGUCAACCGGAUCUACAAGCUCUCCAGUGACCUGAAGGUCUUGGUGACCCACCAGACAGGGCCAGACGAGGACAACCCCAAGUGUUACCCACCCCGCAUCGUCCAGACAUGCAACGAGCCCCUGACCACCACCAACAAUGUCAACAAGAUGCUCCUAAUAGACUACAAGGAGAACAGGCUGAUUGCUUGUGGGAGCCUCUAUCAAGGCAUCUGCAAGCUCCUGAGGCUGGAGGACCUCUUCAAGCUGGGGGAGCCAUUUCACAAGAAGGAACACUACCUGUCGGGAGUCAACGAGAGUGGUUCUGUCUUUGGAGUGAUCGUCUCCUAUAGCAACCUGGACGACAAGCUCUUCAUUGCCACUGCGGUGGAUGGGAAGCCGGAGUAUUUCCCUACCAUCUCCAGCCGGAAGCUGACCAAGAACUCGGAGGCAGAUGGCAUGUUCGCUUACGUCUUCCACGAUGAGUUUGUGGCCUCGAUGAUUAAGAUCCCUUCGGACACCUUCACUGUCAUCCCCGACUUUGAUAUCUACUACGUCUAUGGCUUCAGCAGUGGCAACUUUGUCUACUUUUUGACCCUUCAGCCUGAGAUGGUGUCUCCCCCGGGCUCCACCACAAAGGAACAGGUUUAUACAUCCAAGCUCGUGAGGCUUUGCAAGGAGGACACCGCGUUCAACUCCUACGUGGAGGUGCCCAUCGGCUGCGAGCGAGGUGGGGUGGAGUACCGCUUGCUGCAGGCCGCCUACCUGUCCAAAGCUGGAGCUGUGCUCGCCCAGACCCUCGGAGUCCAUUCAGAGGACGACCUCCUUUUCACUGUCUUCUCCAAAGGCCAGAAGCGGAAAAUGAAAUCCCUGGAUGAGUCGGCCCUGUGCAUCUUCAUCUUGAAGCAGAUCAACGACCGCAUUAAGGAGCGGCUGCAGUCUUGCUACAGGGGCGAGGGCACACUGGACCUGGCCUGGCUCAAGGUGAAGGACAUUCCCUGCAGCAGCGCGCUCUUAACCAUUGAUGAUAACUUCUGUGGCCUGGAUAUGAAUGCGCCCCUGGGCGUGUCGGAGAUGGUGCGUGGCAUUCCUGUUUUCACGGAGGACAGGGACCGCAUGACUUCUGUUAUUGCAUACGUCUACAAGAAUCACUCUCUGGCCUUCGUGGGCACAAAAAGCGGCAAGCUGAAGAAGAUCCGGGUGGAUGGGCCCAGGGGCAACGCCCUCCAGUAUGAGACGGUACAGGUGGUAGACCCCGGCCCCGUCCUCCGGGACAUGGCCUUCUCCAAGGACCACGAGCAACUCUACAUCAUGUCAGAAAGGCAGCUCACCAGGGUCCCUGUGGAGUCCUGUGGUCAGUACCAGAGCUGCAGCGAGUGCCUUGGCUCCGGCGAUCCCCACUGCGGCUGGUGUGUGCUCCACAACACGUGCACCCGGAAGGAGCGCUGUGAGCGGUCCAGAGAGCCCCGCAGGUUUGCCUCCGAGAUGAAGCAGUGUGUCCGGCUGACCGUCCACCCCAGCAACAUCUCCGUUUCUCAGUACAAUGUUCUGCUGGUCCUGGAGACAUACAAUGUCCCAGAGCUGACAGCUGGCGUCAACUGCACCUUUGAGGACCUGUCAGAGAUGGAUGGGCUGGUGAUAGGCAAUCAGAUCCAGUGCUACUCCCCGGCAGCCAAGGAGGUACCUCGGAUUAUCACAGAGAAUGGGGACCACCAUGUUGUCCAGCUUCAGCUCAAGUCGAAGGAGACAGGCAUGACCUUCGCCAGCACCAGCUUUGUCUUCUACAACUGCAGCGUCCACAACUCGUGCCUGUCUUGCGUGGAGAGCCCAUACCGCUGCCACUGGUGUAAAUACCGGCACGUCUGCACCCAUGACCCCAAGACCUGCUCCUUCCAGGAAGGCCGGGUGAAGCUGCCUGAGGACUGCCCCCAGCUGCUGCGAGUGGACAAGAUCCUGGUGCCCGUGGAGGUGAUCAAGCCCAUCACUCUGAAGGCCAAGAACCUGCCGCAGCCGCAGUCCGGGCAGCGCGGGUAUGAAUGCAUUCUCAACAUCCAGGGCAGCGAGCAGAGGGUGCCCGCCCUGCGCUUCAACAGCUCCAGCGUGCAGUGCCAGAACACCUCUUAUUCCUAUGAAGGGAUGGAGAUCAACAACCUGCCCGUGGAGCUGACGGUCGUGUGGAACGGGCACUUCAAUAUUGACAACCCAGCUCAGAAUAAAGUUCACCUCUACAAGUGUGGAGCCAUGCGUGAGAGCUGCGGGCUGUGCCUCAAGGCGGACCCAGACUUCGAGUGCGGCUGGUGCCAGGGCCAGGCCCAGUGCACCCUGCGGCAGCACUGCCCCAUCCACGAGAGCCAGUGGCUGGAGCUGUCGGGCGCCAACAGCAAGUGCACAAACCCCCGCAUCACCGAGAUAAUCCCAGUGACAGGCCCCCGUGAAGGGGGUACCAAGGUCACCAUCCGAGGGGAGAACCUGGGCCUGGAAUUCCGGGACAUCGCCUCCCAUGUCAAGGUGGCCGGCGUGGACUGCAGCCCUCUGGUGGACGGCUACAUCCCUGCAGAACAGAUCGUGUGUGAGAUGGGGGAGGCCAAGCCCAGCCAGCACGCCGGCUUCGUGGAGAUCUGUGUGGCCGUGUGCCGGCCCGAGUUCAUGGCCCGGUCCUCGCAGCUCUAUUACUUCAUGACGCUGACUCUCUCAGACCUGAAGCCCAGCCGGGGACCCAUGUCCGGGGGCACCCAAGUGACCAUCACAGGCACCAACCUGAACGCAGGCAGCAAUGUGGUGGUGAUGUUCGGGAAGCAGCCCUGCGUCUUCCACAGGCGCUCUCCGUCCUACAUCGUCUGCAACACCACAUCCUCAGAUGAGGUGCUGGAGAUGAAGGUGACGGUGCAGGUGGACAGGGCCAAGAUCCACCAGGACCUGGUCUUCCAGUACGUGGAGGAUCCCACCAUCGUGCGGAUCGAGCCAGAGUGGAGCAUCGUCAGUGGAAACACACCCAUCGCCGUGUGGGGGACCCAUCUGGACCUCAUACAGAACCCCCAGAUCCGUGCCAAGCAUGGGGGGAAGGAGCACAUCAAUCUCUGUGAGGUUCUGAACUCUACUGAGAUGACCUGCCAGGCUCCGGCCCUCGCUCUGGGGCCCGACCACCAGUCCGACCUCACGGAGAGGCCCGAGGAGUUUGGCUUCAUCCUGGACAACGUGCAGUCCCUGCUAAUCCUCAACAAGACCAACUUCACCUACUAUCCCAACCCUGUGUUUGAGGCCUUUGGUCCCUCGGGAAUCCUGGAGCUCAAGCCCGGCACGCCCAUCAUCCUAAAGGGCAAGAACCUGAUCCCGCCUGUGGCUGGGGGCAAUGUGAAGCUGAACUACACUGUGCUGGUCGGGGAGAAGCCCUGCACCGUGACCGUGUCGGAUGCACAGCUGCUCUGCGAGUCCCCCAAUCUCAUCGGCAGGCACAAAGUGAUGGCCCGUGUCGGUGGCAUGGAGUACUCCCCGGGGAUGGUGUACAUCGCCCCAGACAGCCCUCUCAGCCUGCCCGCAAUCGUCAGCAUCGCAGUGGCAGGUGGCCUCCUCAUCAUCUUCAUCGUGGCCGUGCUCAUCGCCUACAAACGCAAGUCCCGAGAAAGCGAUCUCACGCUGAAGCGGCUGCAGAUGCAGAUGGACAACCUGGAGUCCCGCGUGGCCCUGGAGUGCAAGGAAGCCUUUGCCGAGCUGCAGACGGACAUCCAUGAGUUAACCAGUGACCUGGACGGAGCUGGGAUUCCCUUCCUGGACUACAGAACCUACACCAUGCGGGUGCUGUUCCCGGGGAUUGAAGACCACCCUGUCCUCCGGGACCUCGAGGUUCCGGGCUACCGGCAGGAGCGCGUGGAGAAAGGCCUGAAGCUCUUUGCCCAGCUCAUCAACAACAAGGUGUUCCUGCUCUCCUUCAUCCGCACACUCGAGUCGCAGCGCAGCUUCUCCAUGCGCGACCGCGGCAACGUGGCCUCGCUCAUCAUGACGGUGCUGCAGAGCAAGCUGGAGUAUGCCACCGACGUGCUGAAGCAGCUGCUGGCCGACCUCAUCGACAAGAACUUGGAGAGCAAGAACCACCCCAAGCUGCUGCUCAGGAGGACCGAGUCGGUGGCCGAGAAGAUGUUGACCAAUUGGUUCACUUUCCUGCUGUACAAGUUCCUCAAGGAGUGCGCCGGGGAGCCCCUCUUCUCCCUGUUCUGUGCCAUCAAGCAGCAGAUGGAGAAGGGGCCCAUCGACGCCAUCACGGGAGAGGCCCGCUACUCGCUGAGCGAGGACAAACUCAUCCGCCAGCAGAUCGACUACAAAACCCUGGUCCUGAGCUGUGUCAACCCAGACAGUGCCAACAGCCCUGAGGUCCCAGUGAAGAUCCUCAACUGUGACACCAUCACUCAGGUCAAGGAGAAGAUUCUGGAUGCCAUCUUCAAGAAUGUGCCCUGCUCCCACCGGCCCAAGGCUGCAGACAUGGACCUGGAGUGGCGACAAGGAAGCGGGGUGAGGAUGAUCCUGCAGGAUGAAGACAUCACCACCAAGAUAGAGAAUGACUGGAAGAGACUGAACACCCUGGCCCAUUACCAGGUGCCAGAUGGUUCCGUGGUGGCGUUAGUGUCUAAGCAGGUGACAGCCUAUAAUGCAGUGAACAACUCCACAGUCUCCAGGACCUCAGCGAGUAAAUAUGAAAACAUGAUCCGGUACACGGGCAGUCCCGACAGCCUCCGCUCGCGCACGCCCAUGAUCACCCCCGACCUGGAGAGCGGAGUCAAGAUGUGGCACCUGGUGAAGAACCACGAGCAUGGGGACCAGAAGGAGGGUGACCGGGGGAGCAAGAUGGUGUCUGAAAUCUAUCUGACACGACUACUGGCCACUAAGGGCACGCUGCAAAAGUUCGUGGACGACCUGUUUGAGACCAUCUUCAGCACGGCGCACCGUGGCUCCGCCCUGCCCCUGGCCAUCAAGUACAUGUUUGACUUCCUGGAUGAGCAGGCCGACAAACAUGGCAUUCACGACCCGCACGUCCGCCACACCUGGAAGAGCAACUGCCUACCGCUGCGGUUUUGGGUCAACAUGAUCAAGAACCCCCAGUUUGUGUUUGACAUCCAUAAGAACAGCAUCACGGACGCCUGCCUGUCCGUGGUGGCCCAGACCUUCAUGGACUCCUGCUCCACGUCAGAGCACCGGCUGGGCAAGGACUCCCCCUCCAACAAGCUGCUCUACGCCAAGGACAUCCCCAGCUACAAGAACUGGGUGGAGAGGUAUUACUCAGACAUCGGGAAGAUGCCUGCCAUCAGUGACCAGGACAUGAACGCGUAUCUGGCUGAGCAGUCCCGGAUGCACAUGAAUGAGUUCAACACCAUGAGCGCACUCUCGGAGAUUUUCUCCUACGUGGGCAAGUACAGCGAGGAGAUCCUCGGACCUCUGGACCACGACGACCAGUGUGGGAAGCAGAAACUGGCCUACAAACUAGAACAAGUCAUAACCCUCAUGAGCUUAGACAGCUGAGAACCGUCCUUCCAGGGCCCCCUGGAGGGAGGGACACACCAAGCCGUGCCUCAGUCUAGAUUUUCAUCUUUACCAAGUGCAAGUUCCGACUGGCAUCAGCAGCAUCCCCUAAGCAGCGCUGUCUCUCUCUCUCUGCCUUUUUCCGUCUCUCCCUCCUUCCUGGAUCCCUUCUCUUUCACUUGCUCUGCCGACACAAUUGAACCAAGCCACCAACCCUCAGUUAGUCCAGGAUGGCCAGGCCCACAGCAAGGGGGAUCUCUUUCCCAGAUGACCCCAUGCAUCCGCUGCAGGGCCCAAACGUGGAUGAGGAGCCAUGGAUAGAGGAUGUUUCUAUGCUGCUACUUCCCCUUCCCCUUCUUGAGGGCCCCCACAUUGGUCCAAGCCUUGGCUGGGGAAGAGGCAAUGAGCUCAGUAUUAUCUUUGCUGGGAAGACAUCACCUGGCUCUCCCCACAUUUCCGUCUCCAAGGGUCAGUCAGUGGUAUGGUCCCUUUGCAACUGUGAGAAGAAAGGCCACAGCUCCUGCAUGUGGCUGGAGUUGGGGGUGCCUGUGAGGAUUUGGGAGGUGCCCUGCAAGCUGCCUCUCACUUGUUGGGUUGGCCUCCAGAGGCCUCCUUGUCCCCUUCCAGUCUUCUUGGGGCUCUUCAAGUGCCCAUAGGGACCUGCCUGCCUAUCUCCUCCCCUGCCUGUGGAAAGCCAGACAGGAAAAAGAAUAGCAGUUACAUUCCACCAUGGAGAUGCUCCUAACCUUAUAAUCUGGCUCGUAGUGGCAGAGGUACAACAAGGAGGGGGUGGAAGAAAAGAGAGUUGCAUCUACCCUGGAAGCAGAAUUUGUUGUUUUCCAUUCAUCCCCAAAUGCAAAUGAAUCAUGACCAUAGUCAUAGGUCUAAUCCAUUGCCAGAUCCUCGAUGCUGUCUAGAGAAAGCACCUCCAUCCUCCUUGGUCAUCGCUCAUCAAGGGUCAAUGUGAAAUGCAGAGUGCAUCCGGGAGAUUCUACCUCCAGCUGUCUUCAUGGCUUCCUCCCCACCAUCCUGCCUGAGAACUCUAUAGAAGGCUGGGGCACACAGCCUAGCCCCUGUCUCCCCUGCAGAAUCUGGUGCCAUUGCUAUGCAGAUGACUUUGUAGCUGGACUGUCCAGACCUCCUUGGGAAUUAUUUCAUCAACAUCUCAGCUGUCUCUUUAGUCGCUCUCUUCCUUCAUCUCUUCAUCAUUGGCAGAAGUCAUCAUUGAAAGAAACACACUCAAGCACAGCCUCACAGAGACAAACCAAAAGGCCAGCCAAACUCAGCCCCUGGCUUGUCAUGUCUGGGAGGGACUGAAGAGUCAAGCUGAAGGAUCUGGCUGGAAAUGGGAGGAGGGACACACAACUGACCUCAGCCCUGGCAUCUGUUUUUCCAUCAGUCCUUCUGUCUAUGGAUACAUCAUUAUAGCCAGCCAAGCAAACGUGUGCUCAGACGUGGGUUACCUAGAUGAGCAGGGGCUAUGGUGAGAGAUGGUCUAAUGGAGGGCCAUGGAAACCUAUAAUCUUGAAGGGAACUUAGAUGCCGUCUCCACCUAUGGUCCAGUCUCCUGCCAUAAGCAAGAAUGUCUCCUGGCAGCCCUGGUGUCAAGUUGUACACCACUGUGGGAGACAAGGAGAAGCAUUGUCUAAGGUGGGGUUGGGGAUGAGGGUUCCAUGGUGUUGCCUUCACCCCCUGAGCAUCAGGCAUCAUUCCCUGCCAUCCACUCAAAAGGGGCCCUGCGUGGAAAGUGGGGGAGUCACACCAUUUCCAGCGAAGUCUGUGAAGCGUCCUGUACUUUGAAUGCUAGUCCCUUUGGAUAUGAAUAUGUGUGCGUGUGUGUGAGCUUAUGUGCACGCACGCACUUGUAUGUAUGUGUAUCUGUCUGCCCCAGGAGUAGGCAGAGAGCCCAGAAAGAUUUCUUGUCCUGUGUGGGGGAUGUUGACGUGUUUUCCUUCUCUACCCUUGCUCAACAUUCCUCCUGCAGCUUUGGGACAUUCAGUGCUUGCCUUUGAUGCUGAGUGUGGAUGGGUGGAAGGAGAGGGCCCCUGUCCGGAGGAAAUCAGGGUCGUCACUGGCCAAGGGAGGCCUGGACUUGACUGGAAGCCAGGUGAUGGUGACCCAGAGCAGGGCAUCGUGUGGCAUCAAGGAGGACAAACAGUGAAUAAAACACGAGUAACCUAA